AUGCGUCAACUCACUGAACAAGAGACGAAAACGCUUUUCGAGAAAUUGGCCAACUAUACUGGUCGCUCGUUGAACAACCUCAUUACCACCUCCGAUGACCCCAAUGACCGAUAUGUAUUCCGUCUCCAUGGAAAUCGCGUCUAUUAUAUGAAACUGUCCUUGGCCAAUCUUUCGACAGCCAUUCCUCGCGCAAACCUUCUCUCACUUGGUACCUGCAUCGGAAAGUUCACCAAGAGUGGUCAGUUCAGGCUGCACAUCACCGCCCUGGAUGUGAUUGCUCCCCACGCGAGAUACAAGGUCUGGAUCAAACAGAAUGGAGAGAUGCCCUUCCUGUAUGGUGGAAAUGUGGUAAAGGCACACGUCAACCGGUGGUCAGACGAUUGUCCAGAACACGCAGGUGUUGUUGUCUUCAACUCGAAUGAUACUCCAUUGGGCUUUGGUGUUACCGCCCGCUCUAGUGCUGAAGCGAGGAAAUUGGAGCCAACAGCAAUUACCGUGUUCCGUCAGGGAGAUAUAGGGGAAUACCUGAGAGAGGAAGAUACUCUCUUUACGACGUAA